AGGUUACUGAUUGAUUAGUUUCAGUUUGCUACUUUUUCUAUGAGGCUGACUGGGGAUUCAAAAACUUUGCUUCCAACUAUUUUAAGGAACCGCCCUCAUCGCAAACGUCGCAAGCAACUUAGCACUCCUACUAAUCUUCGUAUUUUUAUUGGUGCACUUGGUUGUACCUUGUUCUUUUCUUGUUUGGCUUUACCUACAGAAAUCCGUGUAGCUGCCUUUGUCCUUUGCACAGUGGCUUUUGGAGGCUUCCUUUUUUCGUUAUUUCUUGCCAAGUGGGUUCUUAUGCAAGAGGAAGGAACCGAAGAUAUGCGUGUGGUUUCCGACGCUAUUCGUAUGGGAGCGGAUGGAUUUCUUAGGACACAAUACGGUACCAUUAUACAGUUGACAAUAUUUUGUAUGUUGCUUCUGUUUGUAAUAUAUUUGUUUCGGCAAGUACCUGAACACUCCCCAGUGGGUUCUUUGUCUUUGGCUUGCACAACAGCAAUAUCUUUCUUUAUGGGUGCAAUAUGCUCUGGAACUGCAGGUUUUGUUGGUAUGUGGGUUAGCGUCCGCUCCAAUGUUCGUGUUGCUUCUGCAGCUAGUAAAGAUUGUCAUCUUGCAAUCUCCAUAGCAUUAAGUGCAGGAGCGUUUUCUGCUAUUCUCGUUGUUAGUAUGUGUUUGCUGGGUAUUUUUAUACUCUUUACGUCUGUUUCGUUUAUAUUGAAAAUUCCAUUUUAUCGAAUACCGAUGCUUCUUGUUGGUUACGGUUUUGGUGCAUCAUUCGUAGCUCUGUUUGCACAACUGGGUGGUGGAAUUUACACAAAAGCAGCAGAUGUUGGAGCAGAUAUUAUUGGAAAAGUGGAAACAUCGAUCCCAGAAGAUGAUCCUAGGAAUCCUGCAGUUAUUGCAGACCUUGUUGGAGAUAAUGUGGGAGAUUGUGCGGGUAGAGGAAGUGAUUUGUUUGAAAGUAUUGCAGCUGAAAUCAUUUCAGCGAUGAUAAUUGGUGGAGUUUUAAUGGAACAAGCACAAGUUGGUGCAGGAUAUUUACUAUUUCCCUUAAGUGUCCACGCUAUGGAUCUGUUAGUCAGCUCGUUUGGAAUACUUUCUGUUCAGAGAGGUGAUAAUUGGGCUUAUUUGGUUUCCAUCUUGUCGAGACUGUCUUGUUAUUUUUACAGAGAUUUUUCUUCUGAGCACAAUGAGACUUUUGAAAAUGGCAAUUCCCAAACCUCUGAGAAUAAUCCUUUUGCCUUGUUGAUGAAAGGUUACCGAAUCAGCGCAAUUAUAAGUGGAAUUCUCAUUAUCUUUCUUUGUCGUUGUCUUCUUUAUCAUGAAGCAGCACCUCAUGCUUGCUGGUACUUUUGUUUGUGCGCAUUUAUUGGUUUGGGAACAGGUUAUAUUUUCAUAGCGAUAACACAUUAUUAUACAGACUGUAGUCAUAGUCCAGUGGUUUAUAUUGCCAAAUCAUCAAUGACUGGAGCCGGUACAAAUGUCAUUGCGGGAAUAUCAGUUGGACUACAGUCUACCUUACUUCCAGCAGUGACUAUAACUUUGGCAGUCCUCAUGUCAUAUCGUAUUGGCCAGGCUUCUGGACUUUAUGAUUCAAAUGGCGAACCAGUUGGUGGCUUAUUCGGAACGGCCGUUGCAACGAUGGGUAUGUUAAGCACUGCUGCAUAUAUUCUUUCGAUGGAUGUUUUUGGUCCUAUUGCGGAUAAUGCUGGUGGUAUCGUUGAAAUGAGCGCUUCUACAUCUGACGUCCGAAAUAUCACUGACCAACUUGAUGCUGUUGGAAAUACUACCAAGGCUAUCACGAAGGGUUAUGCGGUCGGCACUGCAGCAUUGGCUUCGUUUCUUUUGUUUACUGCAUUUCUUGAUGAAGUCAUGGAAUAUUCAGGGUUACCUUUAGAAAUAGUCGACAUUGCAGUACCUGAAGUAUUUUUUGCAGGCUUUAUAGGGGCAUCAUUGGUGUUCCUAUUCUCUGGGACGACCAUUCGGGCCGUUGGUUCUGCGGCUCAGGAUGUUGUAGCCGAAGUUCGGCGGCAAUUUACCAACUUUCCUGGAAUCAUGAAUGGAACACAGAAACCAGAUUAUCAAGCGUGUGUAUCUAUAGUAACUAAAGCUGCCUUGAGAGAAAUGCUGAUUCCAGGUACGGUCACCGUAUUGUCACCGGCUUUUGUUGGCUACCUGUUCAAAUUUGUCGGGACGCAUGAAGAUGAUCCAUUGAUUGGUGCAAAAUGUGUUGCAAGUUUCUUAAUGUUUUCUACAGCCACAGGUCUGUUGCUGGCAUUAUUUUUUAAUACAGGUGGAGGAGCAUUUGACAAUGCCAAAAAGUUAAUUGAACGUGGUUUCUACGGUGGAAAGGGUUCGGACACUCAUAAAGCCGCGGUAACGGGAGAUACUCUAGGCGAUCCUUUUAAAGACACCGCUGGGCCCUCAUUGCAUGUACUUAUCAAGCUGAUUUCAACUAUAGCACUUGUAUUGGCCCCAAGUUUUGUAAAAGGUGGAAAGACAUGACUUAUAACGAAAAUUUUUGAUGAAAUGGGG